AUGGAUGAUAGUGCAUCUCCAAGAGAAGUAGUGUUAUUGGUUGCGGGUGUUUUGUUUGCCAUAUUCUGUUUUUACUUGGUUCUGUAUUGCUGCAACAAGGAAAGAGAAAGAAAGGCGGAGAAGAGAGAUGAGGAGUUCAACAAAUCGCUUCGCGAGGCAGGGCAAUCUGCUUUUGAAUUUCCUUACGCUGAGCUCUGCGCCGCUACAGAAAACUUCAGCGACGACAGAAAGAUUGGAGUCGGCGGCUUCGGAAGUGUGUAUACAGGCAAUUUGCCUGGCACAAACGAAGCUGUGGCAAUUAAGAGAAUAUCUCCGUCUUCUGAGCAGGGAAUACGUGAGUACGUAACAGAAAUUAGUAUAAACAGUAAGCUUACUCACCAUAAUCUCGUGAAGUUUCUGGGAUGGUCCCAUCGAGAGGGCGACUUGCUUCUGGUUUACGAGUUACUCCCAAACGGAAGUCUGGACAAGUAUAUUUAUGAAAAACCAGAAGCUCCACUAAAUUGGGAUCGAAGAUACAGCAUAGCCUGCGAUAUAGCGUCUGCCCUGGUAUAUCUUCAUGAGGAUCGGCGUGAGAGCAUUGUGCAUAGAGAUAUCAAAGCCAGCAAUGUGAUGCUGGAUUCAAAUUUCAAACCGAAGCUGGGUGAUUUUGGGCUUGCGAGAGUGAUGGAACGUGAAAAGAGAGGGCAUACCACUGUACCAGCAGGAACAAUUGGGUACAUAGCACCGGAGUUCGUAACAACGGGAAAGGCCACCCGACCGAUGGAUGUGUUCAGCUUUGGAGCCCUGAGUCUCGAAAUUGCCUGUGGACGACGACCGGCAGACUGGAGCUUGACUGAACACAAUUCUAGAGUGGUGGAAUGGGUUUGGCACUUGCAUGGACAGCACAGAAUUCUUGAUGCAGCAGAUGAGAAACUGGGUGGAAAUUUCAAUGGUGAGGAAAUGGAACGGCUUAUGAAAGUGGGAUUGUUGUGUUCUCAUCCCGAUCCCAAUGCCAGACCGAGUAUGGAAAAAGUGGUGGGUAUAUUGAAAAGAGGAGCUGAGGUACCUCACGUUCCUCUAGUGUUUCCCGUGGCUGUAUAUGGUGACCUUGUACCUUUUGAUAUCAUGUCACCGCCCUCAUUCUCGACCUUCCCGGAACUGAUAGCAUUAUAA